UCCCCGGUCCUCAGAGGGUUAACUGGAGGCCGGUUCCUAGAGAGGAGCGAAAUCUGGGGAGCUGGAGGGGGGAGGGCAAAAGCCUCCCUAGCCAAGGCCCCUCCCCAUCCUGCCUUGCAGAUCUGGGAAGCUGGAGAGGAGAUCCCGUGGAGAGCCGAGGGUGCUUUGCGGCGAGGCUGCGCCCUGAUCCUGCAUAAGGAGCCGGGUGUUUAUUUAAAUCGGGGUAGCAGGGAAAUCUGGUAUCUUUCUCGGCUGUGAAGGUCUCCGGGUCCUCGCUUCUUUGGCCAGCUUUUUCCUUAAGACGGCAUCUGACCGAGUAGGGAAAGGGACACGUUUUUCAGCCAUGUCGGAGGCUCCAUCAGAUCAUGCAGUGAAGGUGGAAGAGGCAGAAUUGGCUGGCCCAGUGGCAGGGAGAGGCUACCAUGCCAUUCAAGCCACAGGCAGCAAAGGAUGCUGGGAAAACACCCGGCAAAAGGUCCUGGGGGAGGAGGACACACUCAGCUCGGAUGCUCGGCGCCAGCGUUUCAGGCACUUUCGCUACCAGGAGGCUGAGGAACCCAGAAAGGUUUGCAGCCGGCUCCACCAUCUCUGUUGUCAGUGGCUGAAGCCGGAGCGACACACCAAAGCUCAGGUGCUGGACCUGGUGAUCUUGGAGCAGUUCCUGGCUGUCCUCCCCCCGGAGAUGGAGAACUGGGUCAGGGAAUGUGGAGCAGAGACCAGUUCCCAGGCAGUGGCCCUGGCAGAAGGUUUCCUCCUGAGUCGGGCAGAGGAGAAGAAGCAGGAAGAGCAGCAGGGCCUGUUUGAAGCAGUGGCCACUGAUGUUCCUGAGGCAAAGGAGGCUCCACCGAUGCUGGAAAGAUCAUCUUUUUGUGCUGGAGCUACUUCUCAGCAUACAGAUCAAGGUCUGGUGACGCUCGAGGAGGUGGCUGUGUGUUUCACUGAGGAGGAGUGGGAGCUGCUGGAUCCGAGCCAACGAACCCUGCACAGGGAAGUCAUGGAGGAGAAUGGUGUCAUCGUGGCCUUUUUGGGAGACGAAAGAGCCAGGUGUAAAGAGAAGGAACAGCAGGGGAGAAAACCAGAAGGAAAACCGGAGGCGAGGAGGGAGAAAUCUUCUUCCUCCCAAAGGGGCAACAUCGCUGAAAUCCCAGUGGGAGAGGAAAUGGAGGGCGGGAAAGAAAGCGGCCAGUGCUCUUUGUGCGAGGACAGUUUCAUCUGCCCGGCAAGCGACGCGGGGGAAAAGCUCUUCGAAUGCAUCAACUGCCGCAAGAGCUUUUCCAAAAGUUCCUACCUUCGGAAACACCUCCGUAUCCACACAGGACAGAAGCCGUACAAAUGCGCCGAGUGCGGAAAGAGCUUCAGUCAGAGGACAGACCUCAAGAGACACCAGUGGAUCCACACAGUGGAGAAGCCGUAUAAAUGUCUCGAGUGCGAAAAAAGCUUCACCCAGAAGAGGAGCCUCAGCACACAUCAGAUGAAUCACAGAGGGGAGAAACCGUUUAAAUGCCCCGAGUGCGGGAAAAACUUUGCUCAGAAAAAUUACCUCAUCAUCCACCAGCUGACUCACAGGGAGGAGAAGCCGUAUAGGUGCUUGGAGUGCGGAAAGAGCUUUGGCCAGCUCAAAGAUCUCAACAGACACAGAAGGGUUCAUUUUGGGGAGAAGCCCUAUAAAUGCCUGGCGUGCGGCCAGGGCUUUUGGUACGAAGGCCACCUUAAAAAUCACCUCCGGAUUCACACCGGGGAGAAACCGUAUACCUGUUUGGAGUGCGGGAAGAGCUUUAUUCGGAAAACGGACCUCAACAGGCAUCAGAGGAGUCACACCGGGGCGAAGCCGUAUCAAUGUUUGGAGUGCGGGAAAAACUUCACAGAGAAGAAGAACCUCAGUUUACAUCAGAUGAAACACAGAGGGCAGAAACCAUUUAAAUGCCUGGAGUGUGGGAAAAGCUUUACUCAGAAAAAUUACCUCACCGUGCAUCAACUGACUCACAGAGGGGAGACACCAUAUAAAUGCUUGGAGUGCGGCAAGAGCUUCACCAGGAACACUAGCCUUAGCUGUCAUCAGAGAAUCCACACCGGGGAGAAGCCGUACGAAUGCCUGGAGUGCGGAAAGAGAUUUGCUUGGAGGAAAAGCCUAAGUUGUCAUCAAACCAUCCACACAGGAGAAACCGUCGAAAUGUCUAGAGAGCUUUACUCAGAACAGAAACCCAGCCACAUCUCAAAUCAAUUGCAGAUGGCGAAGCCCUAUCAAUACCCAGAUUGUUCGAUGAGCUGCGAAGAAGCUGGAGAAGAAAAAAUGUCCGUCUCAAUUUUUCUGUGCCAAUGAUCUUGAAUCUCUUCUGUUGUUUUAUGUCCAGUUACGCAACAAAAGCCGCAAGAUGGAAUCACUCCCACCAUACCCACCUAGAGUCCUUUUUGCCAGGCGCCUGGAGGAAACAUCUCUUGCUCCUCCGACCUGCUCUUUGCCUUGGUGCCAAAGGGUCAUGCCACUCAGGGCGACUCAAAAGCCCAUCCUGUUUUGCAAAUUUCCCUCCCCUUGUGCCAAGAGUUCCAGGGCUAAAAGCAGGAGCCUUCCCCUGUGAAAUUUGUCAUCCAUUUCAACAUCCCUCUGCCGUCUCGCACUGCAAGGUUAUUCCAUGCAUGUUUUGGAACUUCUCACAAAGUCUGUCUGGUGCAAAAGUUCCCAAACUUAUUUGGCCUACUGCCCCCUUUCCAGAAAAAAAUAUAUUACUCAGUGCCCCCUGGAAACCUACCUUCUUUAAGCAAACAAACAGAAAGAUGCAGUGGCAAAUUUCUGCUCUUUUAGAUAUCUGUGUUUCUAUCUACAUGGGAUGCGGGUGGCGCUGUGGGUUAAACCACAGAGCCUAGGACUUGCUGAUCAGAAGGUCGGCGGUUUGAAUCCCUGCGACGGGGCGAGCUCCCGUUGCUCAGUCCCUGCUCCUGCCAACCUAGCAGUUCGAAAGCACAUCAAAAGUGCAGGUAGAUAAAUAGGUACCUCUCUGGUGGGAAGGUAAACAGCGUUUCCGUGUGCUGCUCUGGUUUGCCAGAAGCGGCUUAGUUAUGCUGGCCACAUGACACGGAAAACUGUCUGUGGACAAUCGUCGGCUCCCUCGGCCAGUAAAGUGAGAUGAGCGUCGCAACCCCAGAGUCGGCCACGACUGGACCUAAUGGUCAGGGGUCCCUUUACCUUUAUUUCUAUCUACAUAUUGCUGGCAGUAAGCAUUGCUACACAACAGAUGAAACGUACAGUUCUUCAAAAUGUUCUUCUUUCUUUACGCUUCCACUGCCCCCUUAUUUUUAUUAAAUGCCCCCUGGUUACACACAAGGCCCUGGAUAAUAACCCACUUUGGGAAACAGUGAUCUAGUGCGAAGUGAUUUAUUUCUUUUCAUCCUAUCUUUUUGUCCGUCCGUCCCCCCCCCCCCGCUUUCCCUUUAAUAAACCUUUGAAAAUUUGCACCUUU